AUGCUGCUAGCACAGCUGAGGAGCGGUUGUUCCGAAGUCGUAGUCUCCAUAUCUCAGAUUUCUUCAGGACAUCCAGAAAUGGCCACAAUAAACAAUAACGAAUCCUCACCUGCUCAUAAAAAUAUCAAUCCUCGCUCUUACGAUGACCUCUUAGCCGUUGUCGCCUCAAUAAAACAACAACUAGGCGACAAGGCACAAGCAGAAGUUGGGAUUAUUUGCGGUUCUGGUCUUGGGCCAAUUGGAGAUCAGGUAGAAGAGCCAACAAUUCUCCCGUACGAAAAAAUCCCUGGAUUCCCAUCCGUUCACGUGGUUGGACAUAAAGGAAAUCUGAUCUUUGGUAAGAUGAGUGGUAAGAAAGUCGUCUGUAUGCAAGGACGUUUUCAUCCCUAUGAACAUCAUAUGGAUCUCGCUUUGUGUUCUUUUCCGGUUCGUGUUAUGCAUCUGUUAGGUAUAAAAAUAAUGGUGGUUUCGAAUGCAGCCGGUGGAAUGAAUCCAAAGUUCAAGCACGGAGAUCUGAUGCUGAUUAAGGAUCACAUAUUUUUACCUGCCUUAGCCGGUUUCUCUCCACUGGUCGCCCUGAAUGAUCCACGUUUCGGAGCACGAUUUGUUUCCGUGCAUGAUGCGUACGAUAAAGAGCUAAGGAAAUUAGCAAUGGAAAUAGCAAACAAGAACAAUAUGCGAUUAUUCGAAGGUGUCUAUGUGAUGACCGGAGGACCUUUGUACGAGUCACCUGCUGAGGUGUGCAUGUUCAAAAUGGUCGGCGGAGACGCUCUUGGCAUGUCCACGUGUCAUGAAGUAGCAGUGGCCCGUCAAUGUGGAAUCAAAGUUCUCGGCUUCUCCCUCAUCACAAAUAUAUGUAACACAGAUGCGGACACUUCUGUGAAUGUGAAUCACGAAGAGGUUUUACAAAUCGCCAAAGAAGCAGGAGACCGUGCCUCACAUCAAAAUCACAUCACAUAUUUGACCUCCAUUUUCGAUGUCUAUCGAUCAAUUUCGAUAGUGGAUGGAGUAUGA